UCAGUCCCGUUGAAGCUCAGUAGCGCACCGUCCGCCACCAUCUCCGAAACUGGAGAGAGAAUUCCCUCAUUUUUCACAUUUUCCUCCACUUUUAGAAACGUCCGUGGAAUUGUUAACAAGUUCAUUUUAAUUUGCCCACUGCUGGUCCGUGAGCAUUUUUUGCCGGCAAAUUUUUUUUUUUGGUUUUAUGAAUUUUUUAUCCCCGACACGAAUAAUUAUUGUGCGCGAAAAUGACAAAAAAGUUUGAUUUUAAUUGGCGGAUUCCCGUACCAGAACCGCUUCUUCAAGGCAACUCUUUUGAUAAAUGGACCGAAGAAAAGGACACGUUCGAUUUAGAGCCGAGUUGCUUCUUUCAGGUCGACGAGUAUGGCUUCUUCAUCCAUUGGAAGUCGGAACCUCGGGACGGCGACGUGCUGGAGUUGAGCCAGGUCAGCGACGUUCGAUCGGGAGGUCUUCCAAAGGACUCCCGUGGAUUGAAUCAGUUGAUGAGCAAGCACGGAUCCAACACCGCCCAGGAACUCGAUGACAAAUCACUGACCAUUUGCAGCGGUCUCGACAUGGUCAACAUCAAUUAUUUGCACGUCGUUUGCGAGUCAGCCGAACAGGCCAAGGCGUGGCUGGAAGGGUUGCGGCAGAUCACCUCGAAUGUCAAAGCCAACAACAUAUGUCCGAUGACGUGCUUGAAGAAACAUUGGAUGCGACUCGGCUUCCAGGUGGAUGCAGCCGGUAAAGUGCCAGUCAAAGUCGUGGCCAGAACUUUCGCUUCGGGUAAAACGGAGAAACUCAUCUACCAGGCCUUCGCCGAAUUAGGACUUCCCAGUGAAAAGGGCGAUUCUAUGGAAAAAGCUGAUUUUACGUUCGAGAAAUUCGUCGCACUUUAUCACAAAAUUUGUCCCAGAAAUGAUAUCGAAGAAUUGUUUCAAUCCAUCACUAAAGGCAAGUCGGAUGCGAUUGGGAUCAUUCAAUUUAUCGAUUUUCUGAACGACAAACAGCGCGAUCCCCGCCUCAACGAGAUCCUUUAUCCUCUCUAUAAUGAGAAAAGAGCCACAGAAAUUAUUGAAGAGUAUGAACAGGACAAAGAUAAUCGCCUUAGAAGGCGCUUGAGCAAAGACGGUUUCAUUCGUUAUCUCAUGUCUGACGACAAUGCCCCAGUAUGGCUCGAUCGUCUUGACAUCUACAUGGAAAUGGAUCAACCGUUGUCGCAUUAUUACAUCAACUCUUCCCACAAUACUUAUCUCAGUGGACGACAGUUUGGCGGUAAAUCCUCGGUGGAAAUGUACCGACAAACCCUUUUGGCCGGUUGCAGAUGUGUCGAGCUCGAUUGUUGGGAUGGCAAAGGCAGCGAUGAAGAACCCAUCAUUACUCACGGCAAAGCCAUGUGUACUGAGAUUCUCUUCAAGGACGUUAUUCUCGCCAUCCGCGACUGCGCUUUUGUCACUUCGGAUUGGCCGAUCAUUCUGUCGUUCGAGAACCAUUGCUGUCGAGCCCAGCAGUAUAAGCUGGCCAAAUAUUGCGAUGAAAUCCUUGGUGAUCUCCUGCUAAAGGAACCGAUUCCUGAAUCUCCGUUGGAACCCGGAGUGCCUCUGCCAAGUCCGAGCCAGCUGAAGCGGAAGAUUCUCAUCAAGAACAAACGACUUAAGCCAGAUGUUGAAAAGCAAGAGCUUGAACUCUUCCGUCAGGGUCAGUUCGUCAUAACAGAGGACGAGGAGAAGGAAGACGCUUCGGCGCCAGCGGCUCCUAUUCCUGAAGAUAAAAAGGAAACUGAAGCCGGCGCCAGCGAAUCCCGCUCUCUCAGCUUUGAAGAGAAGAUGUUCCAGGUGUACGAGUACAAAGGCGGAACCAAUCACAUUCAUCCUUGGCUUUCUUCCAUGGUCAAUUAUGCAGAGCCUGUCAAGUUCCAGGGAUUCGAUGUAGCCGAGGAAAAAAAUAUUCAUCACAACAUGUCGUCGUUUGCGGAAACCACCGGUCUCAAUUACCUGAAGACUACGGCCAUUGAAUUCGUCAACUACAACAAGCGUCAAAUGAGUCGUAUUUAUCCAAAGGGAACUCGAGCCGAUUCCUCCAAUUACAUGCCCCAGGUGUUUUGGAAUGCUGGGUCCCAAAUGGUGUCGCUUAACUUCCAGACACCUGAUUUGCCGUUCCAGCUCAAUCAGGGCAAGUUUGAGUACAACGGAAACUGCGGCUACCUCCUGAAACCCGAUUUCAUGCGUCGUCCCGACAGAACUUUCGACCCGUUUGCAGAAUCGCCCGUGGAUGGUGUCAUUGCCGCCCAGUGCGCUGUCCAGGUUAUCGCCGGUCAGUUUUUGUCCGAUAAGAAAGUCGGUACUUAUGUUGAAGUCGACAUGUACGGUUUGCCAACCGACACCAUCCGUAAAGAGUUUCGAACUCGCAUGGUUCCCGCCAAUGGUCUCAACCCCAUUUACAACGAAGAACCUUUCCUCUUCCGAAAAGUGGUUCUUCCAGAUUUAGCUGUACUCCGUUUCGGAGUCUACGAUGAAAACGGCAAACUUCUUGGUCAAAGAAUCCUGCCGUUGGACGGUCUCCAAGGUGGAUACCGUCACAUCUCUCUAAGGACAGAAGCCAACUUUCCAAUGGCUUUGCCCAUGCUCUUUUGUAACAUUGAGCUAAAGAUCUACGUUCCGGAUGGAUUGGGAGGAUUCAUGGACGCGCUUUCGGAUCCUCGAGCAUUUAUGUCUGCCAAUAAGGAACGAGACAAUAAACUGAAGGAAAUGGGAAUUGAAGAAUCGGAACAAUCCAAGGCUGCUGUCACUGGCGGCAAACCAGCUCCAGCCGCCGAAGAAGAAGUCAAAAGAGAGGAAAUGAAGUUCGAGCCCGUGACCCUCGAGUCCCUUCGUAGCGAUAAAGCGUUUGCCAAGGCGACCAAGAAGCACCAAAAGGACCUUGAUUCAAUGAGGAAACGACAACAAAAGGAGAAAGCCACCAUCCAGAAGAACCAAGUGUCGGCCGUCGAGCGGAUCGUUAAAGGGAAAAAUAAAGACGAAUUCAUCAACGAUCCGGCCCUUAAACAGCUGGUAGCGGAUCAAGCCAAAGAGUGGUCCGAAUUGGUCGGGCGCCAUUUGAAGGAGGAGUGGACCUUGUUGAAGGAACAACUGGAGGCUCAACAGGACAUUCUCAAAACGGUUAUGCAGGGGGCACAGGGAGCCCAACUGAAGCUGCUGGACGCCAAAUUGGAGAAAGAGAACAAAGACCUGAAGUCACGUCAAGCGAAAAUGGCCGUUGAAACAGCCAAAGAAGUGGCCGCCGACAAGACGCUGCGCAACAAAGCGGAAAAGGAGCGCCGUUUGCGUGAAAAGGCCCAAAAUAAUACCAAAAAGUUUAUCGAGGAACGCAAAAUUACCGCCAUGAAACAGGGCAAAGAGAAGGAGAAGCUCGUGGCCAUGCAUGCAAAGCAACUGGAGGACUUGAACCGAGACAUUCAACUGAAUAUUGAGAUGUAUAAGAACGCGGAAGUGGAGUACCAGCUGGCGAAUCCAUAUGAAUUCUUCGUUUGAGACCUGUGGCGUUCAACUCAUUAAAUUCUUCGUCAUCACAUUCCAUCACAUAAUGUGAACCUGCUGUUGCUUGAACAUGCGCUUCCAUGCCCCCCGUACGUCGCCAUACGUUUCAUUUGAGUAUAUUUCUCUUUACAUUAAAAACAUAAAAGGAUCCAUUAAAGAAUACUCGUAGAUGUUGCAAUUCCUCUUCCGCGAUUGUCGGUACCUCUCAUUGUUAUUCAAAUCCGUAACCUGUAUUAUUUCGAAAUUUUAUUUCAUCUUUUCAUUCUUUUCAUACCUAGCCAAAAAUCUUUUGGGUGUGCCAACAAACUAUGCCUUAUGAUCGUUGGGACUACUAUUGUUCUUUACUCGUUAGAUGGCGCUGGAUCGGCCUAUGAGCCGAUUUGUGAAUCAAUCCCAACUAUACUAUUUUUUCUUUACUUUGUUUUCACAUUUAAUUUACAGUUCAUUCCUUGAGCAAAAUUUUAAAUUGCUCUUUUGUCCUCCAGAACUUGUCCACUCCCACUCUCUCUUCUAGACAUUGCAUAUAUUCAUAGUUGUGAAUUUCUUUUAUCCAAAUACAACGCAAUAAAAAAAAACCAAGCCAAGUGUCUGGUUUCUGUUUAGCAGCGAC